AUGGUCAAGUUCCUCGACAAGCUCUCGGAUCUGGCAAAAGCGGCGCUCGGCCAGAAGAGCGGCGCGUCCUACGACGCGCGCGUCGUCGCCGAGUCGCAGAAGCGCUACGAGAGCCUCCUGCGCGACGUGGAGCGCAUCUUCCCCGGCGUGUCGACGAUCGUGCUCGCGACGAUCGGCGGCGACGUGCUCGCGCGGCACCCGCGGCCGCCGAGCGCGUCGAAAGCCGCCGUCGACGACUCGGAGUUCGAGGACAUCCCCGCGGAGCUGCGGGCGCUGGACGACGAGAUGACCGCCGGCGACCUCGAGUUCGACGAGUUUCUCGUCGGC